GUAUCUACUUUCUCUUUUUGGGACUCUUUUCUUCGUCAUGGGAAACACGGUUAGGGGGCAUGGGUUGCAUUUCCCAGACAAGGGUAUGUUUGGGAUGGGCGUUAAUGGCGAAAUUCUCUACUGUGAGAGUCACGAGAGACUAUUUUUUCUUGGAUUUGGAUUUUGGAGCGUUAACAUCAUGGAAUGACGCCUAUGACUGAUAUUGUUAUCUUCUUUCACCUUUCUUGUUUUGUUCUUGCGACCUCUGUACAGUACUUUCAAAGAGAUACCAUACCCAUCCAAUGAUGUUUCCAUACAAAUCGUGGUCCAGCAGUUCUGAAUGAUGUUGGGUAUCUACACAUCACGCAUGAAGCGCCAGUGUCCUUGAUGUAGUAACAUCGAAAUGGUCCCAAGACAUUGAACUUUGCGCAACCUCGAUCUUACCACUGUACCAUUCUGCACCCCUAUCCCGUACCAUCCCACCCAUACCGCAUUACAAGAAUCUUACAUAUCGAUGUACCCAGGUAGAUACCUAACGUUGCAUGCAUACAUGCAUGCAUGCCCGCUCCAUACCACAAGUACCUACCCUCGGUGCCGUCCUCGAAAUUCCUCCAUAUAUACCCGCUCCCACGGACAUUAAACCCGUGGAUCACCUACACCACACAAACCGGGGAAUAACUCGAGCUACGCACGUUGUGAUUGGGCAGUCCGGGCGAAUCACGAUGCUGCUAGCUGCCGUUGUUUUGAGUUUGUGCGGGGGGAAAUGGGACGCAUCCUACCUUUUGAGGUGUGAUUUGGAAGGAUGGAAUUGUCCAGACUCUAGACUUGUAAAUACUACAGCGCUGUUAUGGUUCGGGAAGGUGUAUUUUCUAAUGGGUUUCCUUUUCCGGGGAGGUGUGCUUGUUAGUGUUGACGCAAAAGUAGGUAGGUAG